AUGGCCGCAGAUAACAAGAUGCCAGCACUCAAAAAUUUACAAGGAUUUCUAUGGCGCAGUGGCUAUGAGAGCGGUGCGUUAAGAUGCACCCUCUUUUCAGACGUCGCGCCAGUUCUGCAAAAAUGGAACUCAAGUGGCCUCAAAAUAUUUAUUUAUUCAUCUGGAUCUGUGGCAGCACAAAAACUUUUAUUCCAAUACACUGACUCAGGUGACUUGCGUCUCUACAUUAAUGACUACUAUGAUACUGUCAAUGCUGGUGCAAAAAAUGAUUCACAAAGCUAUGCUAGCAUCAUCGCUGGUGGCCCAGAUCAUCUAAGACGUGCAGAGAAAUGGUUAUUUUGCAGUGACCGCACCUGUGAGGUUGAAGCAGCGCUAACAGUAGGACUCGAAGCGCUGGUAGUCGUACGGCCUGGAAAUAUUCUCUUGGAUGCUGAAGAAAGUUCGAGAUUUCAUCUUGUACAGAGUCUAGCUGAUAUCUCAUUAGAUGGACGGGCUAAUGGUGACUCCCUAUCAUAA